UUCUGAUUGGUUACUAUGCGGGAGCGUUGCCGGCUACGCCCCGGCCCUGAUUGGUUACCGAGAAGGGGCGGCUCCAGAGGCGGAGGCAGCGGCGUGGGGAGCCAUGGGUCAGACUGCCAAGGUGACAGGGCCGGGGAGGUUUUACAGCUCUUUAGAACACUGCACAGGACCAGACAGCAAGUUUUUAAAAAUGAUAAGAGAGCAUUAGAAGCAGCCAGAGUAAAGAUAAACGAAGAAUUCAAAAAAAAUAAAAGUGAGGCCUCUCCGGAGAAAAUAGCAGAGAUGAUGAAACUAGGUUCCGAUGUUGAACUGUUACUUAGAACAUCUGUUAUUCAAGGUGUUCACACCGACCACAACACACUGAAACUUGUUCCCAGGAAAGAUCUUCUAACAGAAAACGUGCCGUACUGUGAUGCACCAACUCAGAAGCAGUAAAGUCUCCAGGACCCAGCCCGCCUCUGCUCCUUCUGACUUUAAAUACAUACCUGUCAAAAGUCCUGGGCACGCAGAUGUUUCUCUCUGAAGCAGCAGCGGGUCGCACAUGAGCAACAGGCUGAGGGCUGCAGGGCACUUCGGUGUUCUGAGGACAUAGACAUGCUGCCCCUUCUCACUGUCAGGCAGCCCGUACCCGGCCACUGAGUGCCUGGGGAGGUGGGGCCCUCUUCUUUUUCCCUUUGGCUGGUGUUUUGGUCUUACCAAAGCUAUUUGCCAAUGAAGCAUUUUACCAGGUUGGUGACUUUUCACCCCACGGGAAACACAACUGCUAAAUAUAAAAUGCCCCAUUAAACUGAUGUUUAAUUCUCAAAAUAUUAAGUUGGUAAAAAAUUAACAUUUUUCUGCCAGCUCUACUGAGAGUAACCAUUGUUUCCCAGAGUCCUGUGGUUAUUUCUGCAGAUAACAAAUAAUUAUGUGGCUUAUUUCUCUGUGUUCUUAUAAAGACAAUUUUCCCCUUGCCUGUGUAAAUGUCUAAGCACCGUGAGCAUGCGUGUCUGCAGAGGUCAGGAGAGGGUAUUGGAUCCCCUGGGACUGGAGUUGUAGACAGUUGUGAGCUGCCACGUGGGUGCUGGGAAUUGAACUUGAGUUCUCUAGAAGAGCAGCAAGUGCUCUUAACCACUGAGCCAUCUCUCCAGCCCCCAUAAAGACAUUUUAAGCAGUCUUCUGAAGAUAGAUUGGUGAAAUAUCAAAAUCACUUUGGAUCACUACAAAAUAAAGACAUCCAACAUUUUUAGGAAGUGAUGGCCCUCUCUCAGACUACGUGGUCUUUGUAGAAUUAGCUGUAUUUGGAUUACAAUUGGACAUGAUUGUGGAAUGCUGUAGAUGGCUACACUCUCUUUUUUUUGAGAUAUGCUCUCACUGCAGCCCUGGCCUUGAACUCAGAGACCCACCUGCCUCUGCCUCCCCAGUGCUUUACAAGAUUUGACCCUGAGUGUUGCCAGAUACAUGAUAGUGAUGAUAACAGGAGUUUAUCAAAGCUAAAAAACAUUUUCACUGGUCAGUGGUGGCACAUGCCUUUAAUCCCAGCACUCAGGAGGCAGAGGCAGGUGGAUCUCUGUGAGUUCAAGGCCAGCCUGGUCUGCAGUGCAAGUUCCAGGACAGGACUACACAGAGAAACUCUGUCUCAAAAAACAAAACAGA